GCGCUCGGAUCCAGCCCGGCGCCCUUCUUCGCGCCUAACCCCCGCACCGGGCAGCAGGUCUGUCGCCUACCGUAGCCAGCGUCGCCGCAGCAGCCGAGCUCGCCCUCUCCCUGCCGGGCCCGGAGCGGAGCAGAGAUUGCGGACCUGCCGCACCGCAGGACGCAGCACGGCACAUCAUUCCGCCAAGAGCCGCAGUGAGCAGUCGCCGUCGCACAGCCACCAGCAGAGCGCAGGGUAGCCCCAGCAGCCCGCAGCCAUGGCAGACACAAUCGAGAGGAAGGAGUAUGAUCUGGCACCGCUGAAGAAUGCAAAGCUUCCCAUUAUAUGGGUCCUUGGGGGCCCCGGCUCUGGCAAGGGCACGCAGUGCGACCGCAUCGUGCAGAAGUACGGCUUCACCCACCUCUCGACGGGGGACCUCCUGCGCGACGAAGUCAAGUCCGGCUCCAAGCGCGGACGACAGCUCACCGCCAUCAUGGAGCGCGGAGAGCUCGUGCCCCUGGAAGUGGUGCUAGACCUUCUGAAAGAAGCGAUGCUUCAGAAGGUGGGCACCUCAAAGGGAUUCCUGAUCGACGGCUACCCCCGUGAGCUGUCGCAGGGCAAGACGUUUGAGGAACAGAUCAGCCCGUGCACGCUGGUCCUGAACUUCGACGCGAGCCCCGAGACGAUGACGAAGCGGCUGCUGCACCGCGCCCAGACGUCGGGCCGCGUCGACGACAACGAGGAGACCAUCAAGAAGCGCCUGCAGACGUUCCUCACCCACAGCAAGCCCGUCGUCGAACACUACGCCGACAAGUGCCGGACGAUCAGCGCUGAAAAUGACCCGGACGUGAUCUUCAACGAGGUGCAGCAGUGCUUGGACAAGGUGGUGGCCAGUGCGUAAAUCGUCGCUCUCCACGGAAGUUCUCACUGUUUCGUCUUUACACAGCAACAUCGUCACUAACAUCCAGCAACAACUUAGAAACUUACAUUGCCUUCGUUGUGUCGAAGACGGAUCCUAUAUCCUUUCACGCAGAAAAAAUGUCCAUUGCUGAUCUAUUGCAAGACUUAUAUCGGCACAAAGCUUUCGGUGCAAAUGUAGGACCUUACUGUGUAAGUUGAGGCGUUCUGCUACAUCGAAGACUGUUUGAUUUUCAAAAUUAGUGUAAGCAUGCAUCAGUAUGACUGUAGUUUUGGGUAAAUUUCCCAUGUACCAGCACGCUACAGGAGGAGGAGCUAGGUAAACUCUGCUGCAGUUUCUGCCACGGCAUUGUAAUGCAUGAUGACAGUGAUUAUUAUACGACACCGCCAGUACCAUUAACACGAACUUUGUUGCUUCUCUACAAUCAACCACAUUGACUUGUUACUUCAUCAGCAAUAAAAUCAUUACACAUUUCACUUCCAUUCACAACAUGUUCCUUGCUCUACUGUACAUUCGCCAAUAAAGAAUGAGGGACAUACA